AUGAUUGAGAUUCUUUCUAUUUCGUCAAUUUCUUUAUUUCUCGGUUAUAAAUUUAAUGAUAUAUUGCGAAGUUUAAAAAAGGAUAAUCAAAUACCUUUAGAAAUAUGUGAAAGAAAUGAUGAAGUCGAAAAUUAUAUUGAAAAACAUCCUUUGGUUCAAAGUUUACGUUCAGAUUCAUCUUUUUCAGAAUCGAGACCUCAUUUAAAUGUUUCUUUAAAACAAAAAUCAAAUAACUUUACACUUGGUGUUCUUUCUGGCAAAGGGAAAAUAUCAGUUGCACCAUACUGCUUUUAUGAUGAAUCUACUAAAAGAAUUAUUGUAAUUCUUCAUUUAGGACCUCAAAUAUGCGGUUAUAAUAACAUUAUUCAUGGAGGCCUUCUUGCAACCCUUAUAGAUGAAAGUUUUGCAAGAUGUGUAUAUUUAGCAUCUGAUAGAAUACAUGUUACUGCUAAUCUUAAUAUCAACUACCGCUCACCUGCAAAAGCAAAUCAAUAUUAUGUUCUUAAGGCUACAAUAUCGAAAACAGAGGGUAGAAAAACUUGGGUUAACGGUCAUAUAGAACCUUUAGACUCUUAUUCAAUAUUCGGAAACAAGUUAAAUAACUCUGUAGUCAUUGCUGAAGCAACUGCAUUAUUCAUUGAACCUAAAUAUUCUUCAUUUAUUAAAGUAUAA